CACUUGUUUAAUGUUUGUUGUAUUUUUUUGCAAAUCAACCAAAGAGGUUGCAUAUAUUUGUACACAUUAAAACCAGCCGGAAUAAUCAGCAGAUGAAUCUUCUACAUAAAUAGUGCGAGUAUGGUAAAUUAUAAAAAAAAUAUACCAGUUUAAAAUUUAAAAAUAUUAUAACUAUCAUUGUGUGGAGAACAAUGUGUAUGGAUUAAAAAAGCCAACAAUAUGUCUGAAAAUAGCAAGUUUGCUCUGCCUGUGAGCAAUGAUGGUGAUUCCAACGUCUUGUCUAUGAUCUACAGAUUCUUUAAAAAGGUAUCAAUAGUGGGAGCAGUAUACCUGGUGGGUUACAUGCAAUGGAGUGUGGCAUGGUUGAUUGGACCAGUUGUUCUCUCAGUGUUGAGAGACCAGUGGCGAAGGGAAAAUGAAUAUAGGAGGAACCUCGCGAAAGUAGUUGCCGUCUCAUCGGAGAAGGACGUGGUGCUGGCACGGCUGGAUGAUCUUCCAGCUUGGGUCUUCUUUCCUGAUGUGGAACGUGCUGAGUGGCUAAACAGGAUUCUCCUUCAAGUGUGGCCAAAUGUUAACCACUACGCCAAAACCAUUUUGAAGGAGACAAUUGAACCCGCAGUCGCAGAAAGCUUGGCCAACUUUAAGCUUAAUGGAUUUAAGUUCGAGCGUAUGAUACUUGGUACUAUCGCACCAAGAGUGGGAGGCGUAAAGGUCUACGAUAAAAAUCUUUCGAGAAAUGAAAUCAUCAUGGAUGUGGAUUUAUUUUACGCUGGAGAUUGCGAUAUUUCUUUCGUCCUUCAAAGGAUCAGGGGAGGAAUCAAAGAUUUGCAGAUUCACGGCAUGCUUCGUAUAAUAAUGAAGCCGUUGAUAACGAAAAUUCCUCUAGUUGGUGGUCUCCAAGUGUUCUUCUUAAAUAAUCCGUCCAUAGAUUUCAAUUUAGUGGGCGCUGCUGAUAUUCUGGAUAUGCCGGGAUUCAGUGACAUAUUACGUCGUUGCAUCAUAGAGCAAGUGGCAAGAAUGAUGGUGUUACCUAACAAAUUGCCGAUCAAACUGAGCGAUGAAAUACCUACUGUCGACCUUCGGAUGCCAGACCCUGAAGGAGUUCUUCGCAUACAUUUAGUUCAAGCUCAGAACCUUAUGAAGAAAGAUGUUUCGAUGAUAGGAAAGGGUAAGUCCGACCCAUACGCGAUUAUAACAGUUGGAGCCCAGCAAUGGAAGACUAAGCAUAUCGAUAACGACGUCAACCCAAAAUGGGAAUUCUGGUGUGAGGCGUUAAUAAGCUCAAGAAAGAGUCAGGUGCUGCAAUGCGAACUAUGGGAUUGGGAUCCAGGGAUGGGCAUUCAGAACGAUGACUACCUCGGCAGAUGUUCUUUGGAUAUAUCACAAGUAGUGAGUGCUGGACGUCUUGAUACCUGGCAAACUCUUCAACAAGCCAAACAUGGAAAAGUUCACCUCCGCCUCUCCUGGCAUCGUUUGUCCUCAGAAUUGGCUGAUUUGAAUCAGGCGUUGUUAGAGGUGCAACUCAUCAAGAACUCGGAGCUGAGUACGGCUGUUCUGUCUGUUUAUAUCGACUCGUGUAAAAAUUUACCAAAUGCAAGAGCACAAUCGAAACCCGACCCGUAUUUACAAAUAACAUUGGGAAGGAAAACGGAGAACACGGCCGUUCAAAUGCGAACGGAUUGUCCAGUCUAUGAAAUCGGUCAUUCGUUCCUCGUUCACAAUCCAAAUAUUGAUAUGUUGGAAGUAAAGGUCUUAGAUCAAAAAACGGGAAAUCAACUCGGAAUCCUGAUGUACUCAGUCGCGUCCUUACUCAAGGAAAAAGACCUGACCAUGCUGUCUCAGCCGAUAAACCUUCAGAAAUCUGGACCAGAAUCCAAAAUUCUUCUGGCGUUACAGUUAAAGAUAUUGAAAGAGGCGGUUAAAGAAGAUUUAGAAGAGGAAGACUCGGCUCCACCUACUCCUGAGCCACUUCCAACUGCUCCAGCACUUGAUUCCACCGAUGCUGCACCACCUGAAACGAUCCCGCCUGUUGCACCAACGACAGAAACUGACAAUACGUCGGAGAAAUCGAUUCCCGUCGAACAAAUUGUGCGGCAAGUUGAAAUACCUCAAGAGAAUCAGCCUAAACCAGAAAACGAUACACCUAAACUUGUGCAUCGAGUGUCCUCAUUAACUACGUCCGCAGGUGAAGCAGGCCUUGGCCGUAUAUUGCUAUCUCUUCGGUACAGCAUCUUAAACCAAACAUUAUAUGUGGUGGUGCAUAAAAUUAUGAAUAUCCCCUUGAAGGAUCCAACGAACGUUCCUGACCCAUACGUGAAGCUGUAUUUGCUUCCCGGACGGGCAAAGGAGUCAAAACGCAAGACUUUGGUCGUAAAGGACAAUUGUAUGCCAGAAUAUGACGAGACAUUUGAAUGGGUGAUUCCACACGCCGAGUUGCAUUCAAGACAAGUGGAGGUCACUGUUGCCACCCAUAAAGGCUUCCUUGGCGGAAGUCCGGUUAUUGGACAGGUAAUCGUACAUCUCAAUCAGUACGAUUUUCGAGAAGCAAAAACUCUAUGGUUCGACCUUCUCCCCGAAGUUGCGCCCAGAGAUUAGAAUUUGCUUUCAAAUAAAAAAAAUUGCAACUGUGCUUAUGAAUGUCUGCGAUAUAUUAGGAACCGCAAUGAAUAUAUUUAUUGUUUAAUUGUCUUUUUAUAAAAAAAAACCUAUGAAUUCUGUAUUAAUCUAACAGAUACAUUUACGCUGUAGGAAGUGACGGCUUUGCUACCGGUACACUAAUAUACAAUUUAAAGAAAUAUAUGAAACUAUAUAUCUUCUAUAAAAUGAUUAUUUAUAUAUGUGUUAUAAGGGUCAUUCGAUUCUUACCGUGACAUGAAAAUCUCUUACCUUAAGAGAAAACCUGUUCUAUAAGAAAAAUUGUAUUAUAUUUGUAUUUUUUUAUUUGUAUACACAAAAGUUUUUUUAUUAAAUUAAAUGUAUUUAUUAAUAUGAAGCCGCCCAAAUCAACUGACUUACCUGAUUCACCUUGCUAUACAUAUAUUGUAUUAUCUGUGUAAACUGUCAAAAAGUAAGACACCUGCUUUAUAGUCUAUAUUAAUCUUGAUUUGAUUGGCAAUUUGAUUUUGCACCUGUAUUCGUAGAAUGUAACAAAAAGAUUGCGCAUAUAAUUGAAACUGCUAAUUCUCUGAGCUAGAAACCUUGCAUUUAAUUGUUUUUCAGAUAAGUGUACGCUUUAUAAUAAAUUUAUGAAAGUUUAA